CCAACGCACAGUCGGUAGUUGCAUGUUGCAUUCUAAGUACAUAAAAUGUAUCACAUCCUAAUCGCGGUCUUUUUAAUUGGUUUGUUCGUGAAAUUUUAUUUGAAACAUAGCAGGAUAUGGAAAGUUUUGGAAAAUGUACCAACCCCAAAAGGAAUACCUUUAUUGGGAAAUACAUUAGAUUUUGCAAUGCAUCCAAGUAAAAUCCUUGAAAAAUUCCAAAAAGAUGCUACAGAACUCGGUGGUUUAUUAGUAUAUAGAAUGUUAUGGUACAGAUCUGUUUUAAUAUCAGAUUACGACCAUAUUGAAGCUAUUUUAAGCACAACUAGAGUUUUACACAAAUCUGAAGAAUACGAGUAUUUCAGGGGAUGGCUUGGAACUGGGUUAUUAACAAGUGAACCUGAAAAAUGGAAAAAAACCCGUAAAAUAAUCACCCCAACGUUUCACUUUCAAAUCCUCGAGCAAUUCAUCGACAUUUUCGAUUCGUGCUCGGACAUUUUAAUAGACAUUUUAAAAAGUAAAGAAAAAAAGAAGGUAAACAUUUACGAUCACGUUACGUUAUGCGCUUUGGAUGUUAUUUGCGAAACGGCGAUGGGAACGAAAGUGAACGCCCAACUAAAUUCGGAUUCGAAAUACGUGCUGAACGUAAAAGAAAUGAGUCGGGUUUUGAGGGAGCGCUUAUUUUCGCCGGUUAAAAUGUUCAAUUUGUUUUAUUAUCUGACCGAAGAUUAUAAAAUCGAACGAAACGCACUUAAAGUUUUGCACGAUUACACCAACUCGGUCAUACAAAAGAGGCGUACCGAAUUGCUUAAAAACAACAAUACUGGGGAAAAAAAUGUUGAGAAAAGGAAGAGAUUGGCGUUUUUAGAUCUUCUUUUGCAAUCGAGUUUGGAUGGCAGACCGAUGACUGAUGAUGAAAUAAGGCAGGAAGUUGAUACUUUUAUGUUUGAAGGUCAUGAUACAACAGCUUUUGCUAUUAGUUGUGCUUUUUAUUGUUUAGCUAAAAAUCCAGAAGUUCAACAAAAAGUAAUAGAAGAACUUAAAGAUAUCUUCAAUGAUGAUACAUCUCGACCCGUCACGUUCAAUGAUUUACAAAAUAUGAAAUAUUUGGAAAUGGUGAUUAAAGAAACGUUGAGAUUAUACCCAUCAGUACCAUUUUAUGGGAGAAAAGUAGUUGAAGAUACAAUCAUAGGUUCGAGUAUAAUUCCGACCGAUGUGAGUUGUAUAAUUUUUGCUUGGGGUCUUCAUAGAAAUCCAACGAUUUAUCCAAAUCCGGAAAAAUUUGAUCCCGAACGUUUUACACUAGAGAAUCAGAACUCAAGAGGUCCUUUUAGUUACAUCCCGUUUAGCGCUGGUCCAAGAAAUUGUAUCGGACAACGUUUCGCUAUGUUAGAAAUGAAAGCGACAAUUUCAAAAGUGUUGAGGCAUUUUCAGAUUUUGGAAGUUCCUGAAUUCGAGCCGAUUUGGUUGCCGGAUUUAAUAUUAAAACCCAUGAAAGGAAUCGAAGUUAAACUUCGGUUAAGAUGUACCGAAAAUAUUUAGUGAUUUAGAAUAGGAUUACUUUUAAAUAAUUAAUAAUGUAUUAAAAGAAAUUCUAAGAAUACUUUAAAUUUCUGUUGAAAUGAAAGCGAGAAAGUGUUAUUAAAGGUUUUUAAUUACCUUUUGAAAAUGAGGUUGUAAAAUCAUUUAGUUCAACGUGGGCGAGGGCUCAAAAUUUAAUACGUAUUAUUUUUAUUUAAAAAAAAUUUAAAGGAUUAAGUGAGUUUAAAUUGUGCUAAGUUUAUAAUAAAAUGAGUGUUGUUUUCUUAUUACUUUUGGUUAUUAUAAAAAUUUUUAUUUUUAAAUA